AUGUCCGCCCACCCCUUCACGAAAAACAGCGGUCUCCUGGCCCACUACAUGGCCCUUGACCAGCGUGGCGUCGUCCAGGCCGAGUACAUCUGGAUUGACGGCGAUGGCGAGGUCCGCUCCAAGUGCACGACGCUCGACGGCCCCGUCAAGUCGAUCAAGGACCUCAAGGAGUGGAACUUUGAUGGCUCGUCGACAAAUCAGGCGCCUGGCGGCAACUCGGACGUCUACCUCCGCCCCGUCGCAUACUACCCGGACCCCUUCCGCCUGGGCGACAACAUCCUCGUGCUGGCUGAGUGCUACAACAACGACGGCACGCCCAACAAGGCCAACAGCCGCUACGAGUGCAACAAGAUCAUGAACCAGGCCGCGUCGCACAAGCCGUGGUUCGGCAUGGAGCAGGAGUACUCGCUCUUCGACAUGGACGAGCGCCCCUACGGCUGGCCCAAGGGCGGUUUCCCGGGACCCCAGGGCCCCUACUACUGCGGCGUCGGUUCGGGCAAGGUGUUUGCGCGCGACCUGGUCGAGGCCCACUACCGCGCCUGCAUGUACGCCGGCAUCAAGAUUUCGGGCAUCAACGCCGAGGUCAUGCCGUCGCAGUGGGAGUUCCAGGUGGGCCCGUGCGAGGGCAUCGAGAUGGGCGACCACCUCACCGUCGCGCGCUACCUCCUCGUCCGCGUCGCCGAGGAGUGGGGCGUCAAGGUCUCGUUCCACCCCAAGGCGGUGCCCGGCGACUGGAACGGCGCCGGCUGCCACACCAACUACUCGACCGAGGACAUGAGGAAGGAGGGCGGCAUGAAGGCCAUCGAGGCGGCCAUUGAGAAGCUCGCCCAGCGCCACCUCGAGCACAUUGAAGUCUACGGCGCCGACAACGACAAGCGCCUCACUGGCAAGCACGAGACGGGCCACAUUGGCGAGUUCAGCUCGGGCGUCGCCAACCGCGGCGCCUCGAUCCGCAUCCCGCGCCACGUCGCCGCCCAGGGCUUCGGCUACCUCGAGGACCGCCGCCCCGCCUCCAACGUCGACCCGUACCUGGCCACUGGCAAGAUCGCCGCCACCACCCUCCUCUGA